AUGGCAUCUUACAGUGUUCCGGAUCCACCGCCAUCGAUCCCCCCAGGCUUCAAUCCCAGCAAUUAUAUCGCAAGGUUGAAUCGCGUAGCAAACCGAUUCGACGUAGAACCUCGCUCUACAGGCAAUUACUCGCAACUUGGACCCAUCGCUGGACAGACGGAUUUGAAAGUCGGUCCGCCUAGUCGAGCUCCAGAUUGGCAUCCUCUGUUAGAGAAAUGGGGUCUUCAGGUCAUGGAAGCGGCUGGGUUCGUCAACAGCACAGCUUAUCGUGGGACCGGAGAAGGGCAGAUGCCUGUAGGUCGUUUUACCGCUAUUCUGGGUAAUGGGCCGACACAUCCUCUUCUACGAGAAGAGAUGUGGCAUGGACUUCGGACCGGCGAAUACGCCCUCAUGGAACCUGCGCUACGUCUGGCUUCUGCUAUCUUGGACGACCCCGAAGUUUUACGCUUCUUUGCAGGACUCAUGGUUUCCAGCGACAAAAUGCCAUGUGCUUACAUCCCGCACAUUGGAAAAUGCCCAGUAUACGGACCCAUCUGCCAACCACUUGAUGCGGCUGCGCUAGCAGACGUAUACAGUAAAAUCAUGGAUAUGCGCCAAUACAUGAGAUGGGUAUUGCAAGAUAUGAAUAUCAUGAUGGGUGAUCACAAUGCCUUUGGCCUCACAAAACCGUUGCGAGAGAAAAAUGGCACAGUUGCCGAAGGUGCGAGAGGACUUGGCGUUAUUCACGUGAGUCGAGGAUAUGUCGACGCAGUGCGAAUGUUCUUGAAUAGUGAUCCGACGCUCACCGAACUCGGGAGAUACAUCAAUGACACACAAUACCUUGCUUCAAUACCCCUUGAAGACGCGAUCUGUAUCGAUGAAGACUCAGCACUUGGGCGCAGUACAAUCUUGUUUGUAGACACCCUAAUACAUGAACUCACACAUGCAAUAAACGGUGCCUACUUUAACAGGACUCCAAUGGCAAUACCAGGUAUGCCACCACAAAAUCACGUUCACGAGCCCUUUUUCGCUGGCAAUCGUUGCAACGAAACUGGACACGCCAUCUCGUCCUACAUAUUCCGCGGAAAUCCCAGGGGCAUAAUCCAGUGGAACAUCCCUCAGGACUAUUCGUCUCUCUGGCUACAAAAGCACAUUGGAUCGUUAGGACUUUACUGGCCUGACAGGUGGGACAAGUGGCAGAUCGAUCAAGGCGGAAAGGAUGCCUGCAAUCCAAGAGCUGUGCAUUCUCCCGAUUAUGGCGUUAUGCAACAUUUGUUUCCAGUUCCUCAAGCACACAUCAACAAGAUGUUUUCCCGUCAGCUGUGGCAAGACGAGAUAUUUCGUUUUGGCCUGGACGCCAUUCGGAUGCCACGGAUGGACAAGUGGUCGGCGGAGUGGACUCCUGCGGGAAAGGAGAAGGGCAUAUGGGGCAUAGGACGCGACAGGUGGAACGAUGGACCGGCUCCAUCCCCCAGUACUCCUAGCGAUGAUGGAGGCGUUCCGCUGUGA